UUUUCGUGUACCGGGGCUUGCAGGCCCACGAACCAUAGCAAUGCCAUAAUCUACAUAUAUAGCUGUAUACUGAAUGCUAUUGCUUCAGGCUCGCAUUGGAGAGCUUCACCGCCGGUGUUGGCGGUGAACCGCGAGUUUACCUACCGCGCGGUUACAUGUGGGGGUUGGCGCAUCUGCACCCGCCUCCGCCGUUCUCUCGCCCUCCUCCCCCCUCCCCGCUCACUCCCCCUCGCACCCGCCCGUUCUUGCCGCGUCCCGGCCCUGCCCACCGCUGAUGACCCGUCCGUGCCCAGUCCUCCGCGCGCCCUCGCCCAUUCUUCCAUCACGCACGGACGGUCCGUUUGUCGGUCGCGUUUGCGUGCUGGGCAUUCGCCCGGCGUGCUCGUCAUCGCCAUGCGUGUCGUCGUCGCCUGCGUGUGCCCGCCCGCCUGCGUGUGUGUUCGCUGGCCACGUUUGCAUGGUAGGCAUUCGCCUUUCACGCUCGCAGUCGGCGUGUAUUGCGCGCGCCCCAGCCCUCCUUAAUGUCUGUCGCCGUCGCCGGUCUUUUGCUCACACGCGUGGGGUCCGAUCGUCGGCCGUGCUUGCGUGCUGGGCAUUCGCCCAGUGCACUCGCAGUCGGCGUGUGUGCCGUCGCCUCUCGCUUGCCCGUGUUUUGCGCGGGGGGAGGGGUCCACUCGUCGGUUGCGCUCCAGACCGUGCUGGGUCUUUGCCCGGUGUACCCGUGGUCGGUGCCGGUGCUCGGGUUGUAUCUGUCGGCUACGUUUGCACGUGCGGCAUUUGCCCUGCGUGCUCGUCGUCACCGUGUGCUCGCGUGUUAUCGCGCUUGAGACUAGAGGACAGGGGUUGUACUCACCUGUUCUCGCCCUCGAGCCGUCCCCAUCGCCUUGCCAGUGUGGUGCUUCUGCACGCCCUCCUUGCAGGCCAUGGUGGUAUUUGCACCGGCCUCGAGGACCGAAGUGCUGCUGGGUCUCGACGCUGCGUGUGCGCGGGCUGUGGUUGCCUCGUGCUCGUAGUGCUCGUGCACACCUGAGCCUGAGCGCAGUCGUGGGGACGUAGUGGGAAUAAGGCGAGUAUUGUGUCGCACCAGGGUUUGUAGAAUAAGGGGAGAGCGGCGAGGGGAGAGGGCGAGAUAGGCGAGCGAAGUGCGUCAAGGGGGUCGGCCGCAGCGGAGGCAUGGCGAAAGACGUUCUCGAUGUCGUCGAGCGCGUCGCCGACGAUGUUGUGGAGGGAGCGGAGGGUCGCGAAGGUUGUUGUUACAGUCAGAAGCAGCUGGUAUUCCGCCGCGGUGGACGCGGUGGACCAAUAAUCAAGCAGAUAUGAUAGUCGGGGAGAGAGGGAACUUGGUGAAGAGAACACCCUGCGAUCGUCUCCGUGCACAAGGGCGAGGGCUGGCGGUCACAUCUGGGGGCGGGCAGGGCGGCAAG